AGCAGUAAUCAAGAGAUCCUUUAGUGGUCGUGAUGCUGUGAUUGUCGCCCACUCGGCUUCUCGGAAUUCUAUUCAGAGUGAACUUCAUCGAGAUAGGAGGCGCCCGGAGAUCACCAUUGUGGCAGCGGAGCCAUUGAGGCCAGUCUCAUGGUUUCCGGGAACCCCUCCCCCAGGGCUGGGCUUUCCCCCUUCAUCUGGAGCAGGUGCUUGGAGGACUAAUGAGCUGGUUCCUGCUGAGCUCCCACCGUCUUACGAACAAGUCAUAAAAGAAAUCAACCAAGUUCAAGUUAAUACUACAAAUAAUAAUAAUGCUGCUGCCACUCCAAGGCACACUAUUACUUCUGCAACUCAGACCGACUUUUCAGAAGAAAUAGACAACGAUCUGCCUCAAAGUAAUGCGACACUUCAGGCACCUCUCAAGCCUCUUCAGCCUUCCCCAACUGUCUCAUUUGGCAAUCUUCCAACCAAUGUGGAACCUUUAAUUGUCUUUGAUGUUUCUGAAGAGCAGAAUUGUCCAGAAAACCCCUGUGCUGCAAGAUGUCCAGUGCCAAAACCAAGAUCCAAAAGCAUUCUCAGACCAGUAGCCAGAGAUACUCACACUAAAGGGCAAAGUCACCAGAAGAUCAGCCCCGUGGCCACAGCAGAGGAGUCCUCCCCAGGACGGCCCCCGCCCCUGUUGGACAGUCCCAGUGACUCAGAUAGGCAGGCAGUAAUGAACAUUAUGAACACAGAGCAAAGCCAAAAUAGUGUUGUUUCCAGGAUCAAAGCAUUUGAGGGCCAGACAAACACAGAAACCUCAGGACUGCCCAAGAGACCAGAAAUUACUCCCCGUACACUUCCCCCGAAGCCUACUGUUUCCUCAGGGAAACCCUCAGUGGCUCCCAAACCAACUGCUAACAGAGCUUCUGGAGAAUGGGAUUCUGGGACAGAGAACAGACUCAAGGUGACCUCCAGGGAAGGGCUCAUGCUGUAUCCUCCACUGCAAGAAGCAGGAAGCAUCCCAGUAACCAAACCCGAAUUGCCAAAGAAACCAAACCCUGGCCUUAUACGAAGUGGGAAUCACGAGAUUCUGGGAGGAGGGCCCCUGACGGAGAACCCUCAAGGUGGGAAAAAAGCCCCAACCCCCGCACCUCGGCCUCUGCUGCCCAAGAAAUCAGUUUCCUUGGAAAACCCUGCCCACCCCUCAGCUCCAUUGAAACCAGUCACUGUUCCUCCCCGACUCUCAGUGGCGUCACAAGCCAAAGCAUUCAAGUCCCUGGGAGAAGGACCCCCAGCCAACCCCCCAGUUUCUGUCCUGCAAAGCAAGCCCCUGGAAGACAUCGAUCUCAUCAGUUUUGAUGAUGACAUUUUGCCCAGCCCAUCUGGGAACCUGGCUGAAGAGUCUGUUGCUUCAGAGAUGGUUCUAGAUCCCUUUCAGCUCCCCACGAAAACAGAACCAACAAAAGAGCAAGCAACUCAGCCGGCACCCUCCAGGAAGCCCACUGUCAUCCGAAUUCCAGCCAAACCAGGAAAAUGUUUACAUGAGGAUCCACAAAGCCCACCUCCUCUCCCUGCUGAAAAACCCAUUGGAAACACUUACAGUAUAGUAUCUGGAAAACUCUGUAGUGUUGAUAGAUCUAGAAACUUGGGGUCCAGCCACACUGGUCACGCUGGAGGUUUUGUGCGAGGACCCCCAAGGUUGCCACCAAGACCUGCCAAUGGAAAGACCACAGCAAUCCGGCCACCUCCUCCCAAGGCCCCUCCUGAGAGGCCACCUCCCCCCAAGCUUUCUGCAACCAGAGCAUCAAGUAAAAAACUGCCUUUUGAUCGAUCCUCUUCUGAGAUGGCUCUUCAGAAAAAACAAAGUAACUUGGCAUCCGGACUCCCGAAAGCCAAGAGUCAAGUCUUUAAAACUCAAGACCCGGUGCUACCCCCUCGUCCCAAACCAGGACACCCUCUCUACAGUAAAUACAUGCUGUCUGUGCCUCAUGGAAUUGCCAGUGAAGAUGUUGUCUCCCAGAACCCCGGAGAACUCGCUUGUAAGCAUGGAGACGUCCUCGUGAUGCUGAGGCAAGCAGAAGAUAAUUACUUGGAAUGCCAAAAGGGAGGAGAGACUGGCAGAGUUCACCUCUCUCAGAUGAAGAUCGUCACUCCACUUGAUGACCGUCCUAGAAGCAGACCAGACGGUCCAGGCCACACUUGGAAGCCUGUUGAUGGUAGUACUCCGCAUGCUGUCGUUCUUCAUGAUUUUCCAGCGGAGCAAGCUGAUGAUCUGAAGCUCACUUCUGGAGAAAUUGUUUAUCUUCUGGAAAAGAUAGAUGCAGAUUGGUACAGAGGAAAUUGUGGAAACCAGAUUGGCAUAUUUCCUGCCAAUUACGUCAAAGUCAUUGUUGAUAUUCCAGAAGGAGGAAAUGGGAAGAGAGACUCGGUUUCAUCUUACUGUGUUAAAGGCCCGAGAUGUGUGGCUCGGUUUGAGUAUAUUGGAGACGAGAAGGAUGAGUUAAGCUUCUCAGAGGGAGAGGUUAUUCUUCUCAAAGGGUAUGUGAACGAAGAGUGGGCCAGAGGAGAACUUCGAGACAGAACUGGGAUUUUCCCCCUGAACUUUGUGGAACUGGUUGAGGGUUAUCCCAUGUCUGCCGCAAGUGUCUCAAGCACAAAAGUACCACCAAAAACCAAAAAAGAAGAUUCUGGCUCAAAUUCUCAGGUUAACAGGCUUUCUGCAGAAUGGUGUGAAGCUCUUCACAGUUUUACCGCAGAGACCAGUGGUGACUUAUCCUUCAAAAGGGGAGACCGGAUCCUGAUCCUUGAGCAUCUGGACUCCGACUGGUGCAGGGGCAGACUGCAGGACAGGGAGGGCGUCUUCCCUGCAGCAUUUGUGCGGCCCUGCCCAGCUGAGACAAAAAGUAUGUCUGCCAUAGCACUGAAGGGGAGGACGGCCAAAGCCUUGUAUGAUUUCCACGGGGAGAAUGAAGAUGAGCUUUCCUUCAAGGCUGGAGAGGUGAUCACAGAGCUGGAGACCGUGGAUGAUGAGUGGAUGAGCGGAGAACUCAUGGGAAAGUCAGGAAUAUUUCCCAAAAACUACGUUCAGCUUCUACAAGUCAGCUGAAAGUGAAGCUUGACUGCGUUCCUUAGUGCAGGGACUCACUUGAACUAUCACUUUGACUAUCAGAUAUGUUUUUUGCACUAUUUUUUUAACUGAAAGAUAAAUAUCUAAGCUGUACAUGGUACGCUAGAAUUUUCUGAAAGCAGAAAACUUCUAGAUUUUGUAGUUAGCUUUCAUUACAAUAGAAAUGUGCAUGGGGAAAACCACAAGCUAGGAUUCUCCCACGGGCAGCAUCUGGAGGGUGAGCGAGGCUGAGGGACAGCAUCUGGCAACACGCAGCUCAGGAAGCCCACAGGCAGGAGUGGCACCUGGACACCUGUUUUAGUCAGUACAUGCACAUUAACUGUACUUCUUUCUUUUUUUACUUUAGUUUUAAAAGAGGGCAUUUGACAUCCUACAUACUGUAACUGUCAGGAGAUGGUUGGUCACCAGAAGUUCACUUUUGAUACUCAGAUUGAUUCUUACAUCUUGAGUGCAUGAGCCCCUCUGCCAGGGCACACCCUUCCUUCCAGAGAAGAGUUUGUUGACUGGCUGACACAUUUGUCAGCACGUGGUGAAAUCAGCUCGUACCACCAAACGCUCCCUGUGCUACGAGUGUUCCCCUUUUGUUCAAGGAUGUGAAGGGGAUCAGAACUUGAUAUACCUUACUUAGUCAAAAGAACCAAAACCAUCCCUGAAACGCCUUGCUAAUACAACUAACCCUCCAUAUACGUGCCAUACUUCUUUCUUUGCCAUGUAUUCUUUGUGUUAACAGGGUUAUUACGAAGCACACUUUCUGAAUCCACAGUCAUUCCUUUGACAAUUACUGGUACCUAAAGGGAAACUCAUUUUCUUUGUGUUACCCCAGUAAUACGUAAAAGCUGUGUCUUAUUAUAGUAGCACAUUAUGAAUCACAUGUGAUAUCGUGGAACGCAGAACAACUGUUAAGAUGGAAAGCAGUGCCAGACCCCCACAGCACAUUUUUGCAAUAUAAUCAGAAUGAAAAAUAAUUCGAGGGGACAGAAGACUGGUACUUUUUUGUUUUAUUUUUUUCCCCAGCUCAUCCCUGCUUAGUUGUAAGAGUAAUUGAAAACUCACUUUCCUACUAUCCAUUGUUAUACAUUCUAAGCUUAAAAUAAAAGUGGUUCUUCACGCCAUAGAAUCAGUUACAGUGUAUGGGCUAGAGCCAGAUAGGUUGAAGACAAUCUUCCAAACAGAUCAACGGAAUAGAAUUUCAUUGGAAAUGUAAAACACUUUCCCAACAAUUUGCAGGACUUUCUUCUGUUUUUGAGAAGAGUUUCGUAUGCUGGACCACAUUUUAGUUUUCAUUGUUUUUUCCCAUUGAGCAAAAAGUUAGGCAGCCAGUGGCUAUACCAUUAUGUAAAUACCAUGUGGAGUUUUGUAAGGAAGGCAAUAAAUAUUUACUUUGUCUUUGACUAAAUAAAGUUCACCUCCAAGUUA